CAACCCUGGCACAGCUGUUGAUGACAUUUAAAAUUUGUAAACAAAUCAAGGUUGGCAGCACUGCUGUUAUGCAAACGACCGAUUGUCAAAAAAAAACUGACAAAUUUGCAAUUUUCCUCAUUUUUUAACAGCAGCUUGGUAAACACAACAUAAACCAAACAUGGAUGCUGCCAAAAAACAAGAUAUGCCACCACCAGGAGGCUACAAGAAAAUUCCAUUUGCCCGUGUGCCAGCCAAAUCCUAUUUAUCGGGAUGGCAAAUGUUGGGUACUUAUGCUGCUGUUACCACUGUGGGCUUGUACGUUUACUACUUGAAUGCCAAAAUGAUUAAACGCGAAGAAAUUGAAAUGCGUUCGGCCCAAAAUGUCAUCUUCCCCGUGUUGAUUGCUGAACGCGAUCGUGAAUAUUUGAAACAAUUGAGACGCAAUCGUGAUGAAGAAGCCAAAUUGAUGGCUAAUGUUCCCGGUUGGGAGGUCGGCACCUGGUACGGUGAGCCCGUGUUCAAGACUUUGCCCAAGGACAAAUUGAUUGAUCCCAGCUUUAGUGAAUUCUAUGUCCACAGUCACUGGGGAGCCUUGGCCAAACGUGCUCACAUCAAAUUGUGGUCUUAAAUGAAAACAAUUUGUAUUCCUUCCAAAGGAAUUUGCCCUAACUAAAGCUUUUCUUUUAUAGUUUUAAGAAUUAAGCGGUGAAAUCUAAGAAAAUUUUGAAUAAAUCGAAUGAAAUUCACAAAAAAA